AUGAUUGAUUUUCAAUCCGGCACCAUUUCGAACAGGGUCUGCUGCAUUUUUUCAUUGCGAGUUGCUCGUUCGUUGUUCUAUAGGCGGGAAGGAUGUGCAGUGCACUGUCCGAAAGGAACUGUUCAUAUCAACAAUACGUGUGAGUUCUGCCCUGCUGGAAGCUAUCAGGAUGAAAUAGCUCAAGUAUCCUGUAAGCCCUGUCCAGAUCAGACCUUCACACAAUUUCCAGGAGCUCAGAAGUUUAACGCCUGCCUUCGUAAGUUAUAAUU